GCCAACCAACUCCCCGCCGACGCCAUCGAUCGAGAGCUACCAGUUGAUCGACCUGCAUGCUCACCGUGCGCAUCCUCGGCGUCUUUAUAAACCCUCAUCAACGCGCCGCACACGCACAGACACAGACAACAACUCCGGCAUGGCGCCCAGCUUCGCUCGCUCCAUCUCCUUCCCCCUGAGCCCGUCGAGGUCGUCGUCGUCCAAGCCUGCCCGCAUGGCGUCCGCCUACCACGCCCGGUCCGUGAGCCUGCCCUGCCGCUCCCACCCCAUCCUCGCGCACCUCCACACCCACAUCCGCGCCGUGCGCGCCUGGGCGCAGGACGCCGCCGCCGCCUCCGCCGCCCAGGGCCUCGCGCACGUCGACGCACUCCACGCCGCGCUCGGCGACCUCCUCGACCUCCCCGAGGCGCAGGCCGCGCUCUCCGCCGGCGCCAGCCACGACCGACUCCUCGACGCCUUCCUCCGCCUCGCCGACGCGCACGGCAGCUUCCAGGAGGCCCUCGUCGACCUCAAGCGCGACGUCGCCGAGGCCCUCGCCGCCAUCCGCCGCCACGACGGCGCGCGCCUCGCCUCCGCGCUCAGGUCGCAGCGCAGGGCCGGCAAGGAGCUCGCACGCCUCGCCGCCACCGCCAAGGACGGCGCCGCCAGGCCCUCGCGCCUCGGCCUCGGCCUCGGUCUCGGUGGCAGCAGCGCCGCGGAGGUCGAGGUGGCCGGGCUGCUGGCCGAGGCCGCCGCAGCCACGGCGUCCGCGUCGGCCGCUCUGUUCAACACCGUGGCGGCAAUGUCGGCCUCGGCCUCGGCCGCGGCGUGCUCCUGCAAGAGGACGGCGGCUCUCAUGUGCCUGAUCAAGAAGGUGCCGGAGGAAGAGAAGGAGACCAUGGCGCUGAUGGAGAGGCUGGAGGAGCUGGAGGAGUGCAUUGACGACCUGGAGAGCGGCAGCGACAAGGUGUUCAGGAGCCUCGUCCAGACAAGGGUUGCGCUGCUCAACGUCCACACCAACAUCUUCUAGCUGCAUCCAAUCCAAUCUCUCCAACUCCAAGCAAAGUCACAACAUCUGUUCACCUAGUUAAUUAUUUAGCAGCCGGAAAUUAAGACGAGUGUAACUGUAACUCUGUAAAUACCCGAGGUUUUUGUGCAGUUACGUUUGUGUUUCUGGCUGCAUAUGUACGUAGUAUGUGUCUGCGUUCUGAUGAAAUCUUGUGACAUGUAAAGGCCAUCUGCAAACCAUACGCAAGACCGUACCUAUUUUUA